UUUUAUUGUCUUGUAUCUAUAUUUCUUAAGGUUCCUCCAUAUUCCAACUACUAUUGGAACUCAAAAAAAAAAAAAAAAAAAAUAGUAAAAAUGGCCAUGACCAAGAUGUCCUUAGCAACUUCCUUGCUUUUGUGUACUUUCCUUAUCUUAAUCUUGCAGGUUGUUGCAGAGAAGCCAAUAUCUGAAGCUAAAGGUGAAUCUGCAAUCCUUCAGGAAUCAAUCAUCAAAGAGGUUAAUGAAAAUUCCAAAGCUGGAUGGAAAGCUGCAUUCAACCCUCGUUUCUCGAACUUCACAGUUUCCCAAUUCAAGCGCUUACUUGGAGUUAAGCCCCCAAGAGAGGGUGAUCUUAAGAGCAUCCCUAUUUUAACUCAUCCAAAACUUAUGGAUUUACCAAAAGAGUUUGAUGCACGAACAGCUUGGCCUCAGUGUAGCACUAUUGGAAGAAUUCUCGAUCAGGGACAUUGCGGUUCUUGUUGGGCUUUUGGUGCUGUUGAAUCGCUUUCUGAUCGUUUCUGUAUUCAUUAUGGCUUGAAUAUAUCUCUAUCCGUAAAUGAUGUAUUAGCAUGCUGUGGCUUUUUAUGUGGGGAUGGCUGUAACGGUGGAUCUCCCAUAUCAGCAUGGCAAUACUUUGUCCGCAAGGGCGUGGUCACAGAGAAGUGUGACCCUUACUUCGAUAAUAUUGGAUGUUCUCACCCGGGUUGCGAACCUACAUAUCCCACCCCACAGUGUCAUAGGAAGUGUGUUAAAGAGAAUCUACUGUGGAGUAAAUCCAAGCAUUUCGGUGUCGAUGCAUAUGGACUCAGCUGGGAUCCGUACAGUAUCAUGGCUGAAGUUUACAAGAAUGGACCGGUUGAGGUUGCUUUUAAUGUUUACGAGGAUUUUGCUCACUACAAAUCGGGAGUUUACAAGCACGUAACAGGGAAUUAUAUCGGAGGCCAUGCUGCUAAGCUCAUCGGAUGGGGAACUAGCGAGCAAGGAGAGGACUAUUGGCUUAUUGUGAAUUCUUGGAACAGAGGCUGGGGUGAUGAUGGUUACUUCAAGAUCAGAAGGGGAACAAAUGAGUGUGGCAUUGAAUUUAAUGUGGUUGCAGGAUUGCCUUCAGCAAGAAAUCUGAAUGUGGAACUUGAUGAUUCUUUCCUUGAAGCCUCAAUGUAAAAUGCUACUUCUUCAACUAGACACUACAUAAUACUACCAAAGUCUAUGAAACUGGGGAACCAAAAUUAUUGUAAAAUAUAUCUUCAUCUCAUGGAUUUAAUUGGCUGUACGUUUCUAAAUUUC